AGAGUCGAGAGGGUGGCAGCUGGAAGCCGUUAGCGAGAGCUGAGAUGUUCCGGAUCGAGGGCCUUGCGCCGAAGCUGGACCCGGAGGAGAUGAAACGGAAGAUGCGCGAGGAUGUGAUCUCCUCCAUACGGAACUUCCUCAUCUACGUGGCCCUGUUGCGAGUCACUCCUUUUAUCUUAAAGAAAUUGGACAGCAUAUGAAGAGUGGGUGUCACGUGUGAAUGCAUGGUAUGAAGAACCUGGCUGCAGUUUCUUCUCCUGUCUGCAAGUGAAUAGGCCCAGAAAGAUGGAAGAGACUCUUCGACUGAAUGGACAUAAAAAUUCUGCUUGUUAAGAACAAUUUUGGCUCUGGUAACUGACCUUUAUAGCUAAAACUUUUUGGCAAGUAUGAAGAGACGUUUUACGGUUCUAGUGUUCCCUUAUACCUGUGAUAUCAGCCUCGAUGAAUGUUGGUGUAAUUGUACAUCAUGAUGUCAAACUCCAUUUUCUGGCAAGUAUGAAUUAUAAGGGAAUUAUGUCUGCAAAAA